CAAGAGCGAGGCGCGCACGCCAGAGCCGGAAGGUAGCCCGCGGCUGCCCCCUCCUCUCCUCCCUCUCGCUCACGGCUGGAACCAACCUCGCCGGCCCUUCCAGAGCCGGAGCGGGGAGGAGCGAAGAAAAAGGGGCGGAAGUCCAAACAAGAGCUCGGGCCGACAAGGGCUUCGCCUCGGACUUUUCCUUCUUGCGCGCACAACGCCGCUUUGGUGGGAAACCGCUCGCCGUUCUUGCGCGCUUCUCCAGCCUCCGCCUCGGAAAUUGUUCCCCUGGGAAUUACAGCGUAACUGCAGAAGACCAUGAAUAACUACAGUGUUUCACUGGUGGGUCCAGCUCCUUGGGGGUUCAGACUCCAAGGUGGGAAGGACUUCAACAUGCCUCUCACUAUCUCUCGGUUGAGCGAUGGAGGCAAAGCAGCGAAUGCAAACGUCGGAAUAGGUGAUGUGGUCCUUAGCAUUGAUGGGAUAAGCGCGGAAAGUAUGACUCAUCUGGAAGCACAAAACAAAAUAAAGACCUGCUCGGGAAACCUGAUUAUGAAUCUGCAAAGAGCACCUGCAGCGCCAAAGCCAGAUCCAAUUCCUGUGCAACAGGUAGAGCCCAAGGACCUAAUUAAGCCUGUGCCCAUUGCAUCUCCAGCUGUGUCCAAAGUUACAUCCACAACCGGCAUGGCCUUCAAUAAGGCUCCUAGACCCUUUGGAGCUGUGUCCUCCUCCAAGGUCACUUCCAUCCCAUCACCGUCAUCUGCCUUCACGCCCGCCAGUGCCAAUCUUCCAUUACAUGCUUCCCCUACACUUUUGGCCUCUAUCACGCCUCCCCCGUUCACUGCCUCAGGAGCGCAUGUUAACCCCAAAGCUAACGCUGAGCAGCGUUGCCAUGUGCCGAGUGCUGCAAAGCCUACCGUUAAUACCCCAUGGCAAUCCCCACACAGUGCACCGUUCAGCGAAAGGGCCCCAGAGGUGACCGAGGGGCAGCGAAGUGCAUCCAGAGAAAACCAGGGUGACAGUAAACAACAAAAUGGUCCACCACGGAAGCACGUUGUGUACAGAAAUACAGAAUUUUUCCAUCCACCGGUUCACAGCAACAACAGCAAGAAGAGACUGAUUGAAGACACUGAGGACUGGCACCCAAGGACCGGAACUACUCAGUCCCGUUCUUUCCGCAUCCUUCAACAGAUCACAGGCACUGAACGUAUGAAAGAGCCGGAAUCAGACAAUCUAAAGAAGGCAAAUGAUUCUUUGGAACCCACACAAUUCACUAGUUAUACUGCUGCUGCUGUAAGAAGCAUGCCUGAAAACCCAGAAAAUGGGGCCAAUAGGCCUAUUUCAGCUGAGUCUGGAGCUGCAUUCAAAUCCACAGGACCUCAGUAUGCUGAGAAAACCCCAAGCUGGGAGUCUUCUAAGCAACCAGCUGGAAGUGGAUGGAUUUCCAACAACAAUAAUACAAUCUCUGGUGAGAAAGCUACAGCCGCACUUCUGCAAACCAAUGAAGAUACUUUGGUUCAGAGAGCAGAGCAUAUUCCGGCAGGCAAGCGGACUCCAAUGUGUGCUCAGUGCAAUCAAGUCAUCAGAGGGCCUUUCCUGGUAGCAUUGGGAAAAUCCUGGCACCCUGAAGAGUUCAACUGUGCUCACUGCAAAACUUCCAUGGCUUAUAUUGGUUUUGUGGAAGAGAAGGGAGCAUUUUACUGCGAGGGUUGCUAUGAGAAGUUCUUUGCCCCAGAAUGUGCCCGAUGCCAGAGGAAGAUACUUGGAGAAGUAAUAAAUGCUUUGAAACAAACCUGGCAUGUCUCCUGCUUUGUGUGUGUGGCCUGUCACAAGCCCAUUCGCAACAAUAUUUUCCACUUGGAAGAUGGCGACCCUUAUUGUGAGACAGAUUAUUAUGCAUUAUUUGGUUCCAUGUGCCAUGGAUGUGAGUUCCCUAUUGAAGCUGGGGACAGGUUUCUGGAAGCCUUGGGUCAUACUUGGCAUGAUACCUGUUUUGUGUGCUCAGUAUGCUGUGAGAGUUUGGAGGGCCAGACUUUCUUCUCCAAGAAGGAUAAGCCUCUAUGCAAGAAACAUGCUCACUCUGUGAACAUCUAAAACAUUAAAGGUUACUCCAACAAAUGGGAGGACAAGAAAAGAACAGGGCUGGGUGUUGGUUUUCAAGAUGUAUUUAUAUAAACUUUAAAUUUGUAGAAGCAAAGACAUGGGAAGAAAUAGGGUUUAAUGCCUUCACAUGAAAUAGAAAGGGGGAUAAUUAAUUAGCUUUGGUCUGAGAGCUUUUCGUUGUGUUUCAGUUGCGAAACUGAAAUUUUCAAUCCAGAAUUUAUUUUGGGGACGCCAGGUUGGAAAUAGCUGAGUUAAAGUAUAUAAUAAAAGAUUGAAGCUAGAUGUUUGUUUGU